UAGAAGUACGUGCGCUGAGUUAACACGGGUGUUUGUAUCGUUACAUCAGAGUUACAGCCAUUCUAAGGUACUUGUAUUUGCCAAUGUACUCAUUGCUUGGCGAACUUAGAUACCGUACGUUUUCCCACCUUCUGCAUUGUUCUAAUCUCUAUGAAGCAGCCAUGAAAAUGUGGAAGAUCAUAAGCUUGGUCUUGCUUCUUACUGUCUGCAAAGCAUGUGCACGACGAGGAUGUGAGACAUCAUCGAAGGUCGGAGAUUACAGGUUUGUUAGUUUGUCCAACGGCAACCUAGGUUUUGAUCUGAGAAAGGCAGCAUCGGUUUACGUUUCAGCGAAUAUGAGUCUUGAGGGAAAUGUUAUCAAAUUAUCACUUAAUUCGACAUCAGUGAAAUUAUUUUAUGAUGGUCAAUUAAUAAGUUUCAAGAACGGCUCCUACGUGAAUCUAGCUUUCUCGAUUUGGUAUAAAAGUCAGACGCUCUAUGUUGCAGACGAAGGAGAUAAACUCAUUCUCUCGCACACUAAUCAAUCCAUCACGUUGAAGUAUUUCGCCUAUAACCACUCCAUGUUAUCAUGCUUUCAUGAAGACUCAGAACCUGACAAUACUGAAAGUGAAGAACCUGAACACUCAAUGGAUGUUGCAUCUACUUAUCAUUCACCAACCACAAGUUAUGUCAGCGACAAACCCACAAAUUGCACUUGUUUGAAAGUUCCUUGCAUAUGUGCCAACAAUUUGAACGAAUCGUUGGUCUACGAAUGCCUUACGUGGUCUUGCAACUGUUCUUGGGAUAAUCUGGAAACAAACACCACUGAAGAGUGUAACUGCACCGCCAUUAUGUGUGAAACAUGCCAAUCAAUAGUCUGCGGCAUCAUUGAAAAUGAAAUAGCCACUGGAAAAGUCGUUGCGUCACAAACCCAAUCGCAGACAACUUACGAUAAUACCUUCACUGAAACAAAUCGAAAUACAGAGCAUCAGGAAGAUACAAGUAACAAUCAGAGUAUUCUACAGGGCAGUACUCAAAGUGGCGAGCACACGUCGUCAGUUAGUAGUCAGAUGCAAACCACCUCGAGUCAGACCGGAAGCGACGGGUACAGUGCAUACAGUAGUGCUGUAUUCGAAUCAACCACAUCGUCGGCAAUAAACAAAGAAGGUGGUGGCAGUAAAUAUUCUACGACAGUGUUGAUUCUUACGAUAUCAACAGGAGCUUUGGUCCUCGCUUUCGUCAUAGGCUGCAUUUGCGUUGUAGCUGGCUUAAUAAGAAAGCCUAAAGAAAAUAAAGUCAGUCCACAGUAACUACAGGAUGUCAAUGGUUCCUUAAUUAUACAUUAAGAAUAAUAAUAUUUUGGCAUUUGAGAGCUCUUUUGCGGAGUCCCACAGCAAUUAAAAAUGUAUGAAUCGAUUGAUUUUUUGAUAUACAUAAACAUAAAUUAUUGCAAUCCAUAAACUGAUAGAGUUUAACCAGUUUUAAUGGCGUUCCUUUAUUAUUAAUGCAUAAUGAAGAUCCUAUCGAAGCCCUAAUGUGUUAAAUUGAUCUUAUUUAUUAUGGAUAUAGUUUUGGAUACAUAAAUGUAUAAUAAAGAACCGUUAAAUAAUAAGCCAUCAUCAUUAUCAUUGUCAUCAACAUUAUCAUCAUUUUCAUUAUUAUUAUUAUUCCUUCGUCAAUAAUAUUACCUUUACCAUUAUCAUGUUAUCAUUAAAGUUAAUUAGGUGUAAUCCAUGUAUGAGUGAAUGAGUCUAGCAGCAGUAUUAGUAAAAGCAAACAGGAAAGGCCGCUCUUAAUACUGUGGCUACGCCUACAGCUUUCCAAUAUGGAUGGAUAUUAAAUUAUAUUUUACUACGUAGUCGACAAAAAUAUGACAUAAAAUAAUGCUUAGUUUUUCUUAAAUAAUCUGUAGCCAAUACUCCAACGAUGGUACAAUGAGAAAUAAUGACUUGAUUAUUAUCUACACAUAAAGAGAAGUCUAUUCAUAUAAUUACACUUCAUUAAUGGAUUGUGUGAUGAUUUGAGCGUAUAGUACCGGUAUUAUCCUUCGUGAGGUACGGUAUAUGUUGCAAUGGCAUUAUUCUCUCACUAGCCAAUGAAUUAUAAACUUUGAGGGCAGUACAUCGAUCUAAGAAUUAAAGGAGCAAGCCCAAAAUUCCAACGAAAACGUUUAUUGUAUAUGGUAUGGUGACCAAUGCACAUAGUUACCAAUGUUAGUAGACUAUGCAUUUAGAUUUCUAAUAAUUAUUUUGUAUAUUGAUGAUCGUAGAAACAUAUAUUCUAUCGUUUUGUACGUUGAUAGAAAAAGCAAUAAUGUAAUAACAAUUGUAUGAUAAAUACAUCAAGAUAGGGAUUUAAGUUACGAAUGUGAUUGUGACAAAUUAAUAUAUACUGUAAAAUUUAUAAUAAAAACCCUGGGUUACUAAAUAUCCUUUGUUUGGUUUUUGGGGUGGGUUAUAAUUAGAAUUAGAAUAUCAAUUUCAAUUCUCCCCAGAGGGAGACUUUAUUCUGUAUAUAGGCCAACAGCCUUAAAACAUAAACAUUAGUGUGUCAAAUAAAAUGUUCGCUUCUUGUAAGCAUGUACAAUGAAAUUGGCUAAUGACUUAAUCGUACUUGAUUUCCUCGACUUGAAUAACGAAACAAAGUAGAACAUGUUUGCAAUAUAAUUAGGAAUAAAAUGAUUUCUUU